AAAGGUCACCGUUCCCCGGCCCCCUAACCCCACAACAUCCUCUUCUUGCCGGAUUACCGCGAACCAUAGUCAUUUUUGCGGGUCCUUUUUCUUGUGAAUGAGAAGACUUUAGGUUAAAAGUCCCUGCUUCCCCCGUGCUCAGAGAGUACUGUCCGUGCGUUCGCUUGUACUCGGUGGUCGUUUGGAAGAUGGCUGCAAGCCUGGAGGCUGCGCUCUGUGUUGGAAGCGCCGUUGCCUGGUUACAGCCGCUACCUAGUAACCGGGGAGAGUCCGCGUGGGGCCCAAACAUUGACGAGGAGGCUCAAACAGCAGCGGCAGAAAUCACAGCAUCGACUGACUGACAGAUAACGCCGCGCCAUGUAACCAGCGAUAUCAUUUGUGAGUGAAACCCACACAGACAACGGAAGAAUGUGCAAACUUCACACAGUCACCCAAGGUUGGAAUCGAACAGGGGUCCCUGGUGCUGUGAGGCAGCAGUGUUAACCAUUGAGCCACAGUUUCAACUUAUAGUUUUGAUAGAGUAAAGAAGACAAAACUAUUUACAGCAGUAGAAGUAUCAGUUAUCAUUGAAGACGGCUAUCAGGAACCACAACGGAACAGAAUGGCAAAGGCACACUUGUUCAGUAAGCAAAAUAGUGGAUUGCCUAUUCAACGACAAGGGAUGAACAAAGGUUCAUGCCAUCUUGGUUCCUCUGCAUACCAUAAAUGUGAUUGGGUUAAAGUUGCACGACCAUUUAUCUGCAAAGUGAUUCAUCAUGUCCGUGAAUUAGAAACAAAGACUGAAGCAUGGUUCAGACAGCUUCCAGCACCUGUGCGACCAGAAUCCCAAGAACCAAGUCUGUAUUUGGAAAAUACGAAUGGGAUUGCUGAGAGGUUUGUAACCCCAGAAACAAAUAUAUCAGAUCAAAAAUUUUCCGGUGAACUUUGUGUUCAAGGUGUUGGACUUGAUCGAAUAGUAGAUGAACAAACAACAGAUUUGCAAGAAGAGAUACGGGCAGUGCUCUCCGAGAUCAUUGGCUUGAUGGAGGAACUUAAAACUGAAUGCGAAAAGGCAGAUGAGGCUUUAAAAGCGGAAAGAGAGCGCGUAACAACGCUCGGAGAUAAGAUUGAUCAACUUUCACUCUGGUGGCUACAUGAAUUUCCUGAAGCUGUACAAAAAGAGUAUGACAUAUGCUCACGUGAUAUAGAUGAAUUGCAGUGGCAUAUUGAGGUCAAAACAUAUAAUUUACAAAACCUACAAGAUCGGGUUGCUGAUGCAGAUGCAUUUAAUAAGAAGUUACAGGAAGAAAUAAACUUAAUCAGGAAUCUUGAAGAUCAACUCGAAGAAAAAUUGCAUUUGGAAUACAGAAUCAUUGAUGAUAUUUUACCAAAUCAAAAGGAGAUGACUGAAAUCUGCAACAAUGCUAAUUUGGACUUAAAUGAAGCACAGCAGGAAUUUGAUGAUACUAGUGCUAAAGCAGAGUUGCAACAAAAGUUGAUGAAUGACGAACUUCUAAUGAAGGAAAGCAAAAUAGCAGAUCUCCACAAAGACUUGAUCGAUGCCAAGGAUCUGUUUGACGUAUAUACUACUCAGGAGGACAAAAUUCAAAAACAACAUCGAGAAUCAGAAGAAUUAUACAACCAACUUAUUAAUAAAUCUAUUGAUUUGGAACAUCAGAAGGAUAACAAAACAGAGAAUUUGAAGCAAUUAAAAAUUAAAAUUGCAGAAAAACAAGCUGAGAUAAAUGUCCUGACAACAGCUUGCACUGAACUUAGAAACACUGUCAAGGAAAGAACAAUAAUUGGAAGAACUGAAUUGUCACAACAACAGAGAGACCUUGAAAGAACAGUAUUUGAAUUUAGGGAUUUGAAGAAAGCAAACAGAGAGCAAGAAUUAAAUAUUGAAACUUUCAACAAUGACAUUAAAGAAAGUCGACAGGAAAGAAAUAAAAUGAAGAAAGAAAUCCGGCAAAUGCAGGAAUCUCUGAAGAAGAAUAAUACCAAGCUAACCACUGUGAAGAAACAGCUCUCCCAAGUGGAGAGGACUCAAAGUGCAGUGAAAGCAAAGUUGUCGAUGCUGACAAAGUCAGCAGUCGAUCAGGAAGAUCAGUUAAAGGCUGAGACUGAAAAAUUAAAGAAAAGAAUCAAAGAUGCAAUGAUGCUGCGCACAAAACUUCAGGCCAAGGUUAAAGCAGAGGCUGACGAACUACAUCGUAUUAAAGAGAGUGCUGAAAAAAAGAAAGAAAAUGUUCUAAAAAAGGUUACACAAGCUGAGAAGAUUGUUGAAGAUAUUGAAGCCAAGUUUAAAGAACUUGAAGCCAUACACAAAACACAAAAUGAAACAUUUUUGAAGUUGAGUGCAAAACUAGGUGAAUUCAAGAAAAACAGUCAGUUGAGAGCUGAAAAUCAGGAAAAAGAAAAGAACAACAUGAACCAACAGUUGACUGAUGGUCAGAAAGAAUAUUUGGACAACUUCAAUCAGCUUAACGAUACCCUCAAGCAAAAUGAGGCUAUACGGGAA